CCGCCUCUCUGCGUCUUCUUAAGGGGAGAACAGAAGCCAUGCACAAAACCCUAACCUAAUCAAGAUAUCGAGCACACGCUCACACACACAGUUACCCAAACCAUCAUUCUAUUCUUUCUCCGGCUUCUCGAUCAUCUCCGAUAAGAAACUUUGAUCCCACAGUUUUGUUUUCAGCUUGUUUCAAUUCUGAUCGUGGUGGUUGCUACAUGGCAGCGGCGGAAGUCGCCCAUCGUCCAGCGGGGCAUGAAGUAAAAGGGAAAGGGCGAGCCAACAGGCAUGUUGGUGACCACGGAAAAGGAGUAGAUCUCAAGAAUGCUGUUGUUGGUAAAGUGCGAUUGCGAUUUGCACCAGAACCCAGUGGUUACCUUCACCUAGGACAUGCGAAAGCGGGACUGUUGAACCAGCAGCGUGCUCAAGAGUUCAAAGGGAAGCUGAUUGUGCGCUUUGACGAUACUAAUCCUGCUAAGGAGAGCAAUGACUUUGUGGUAAAUAUACUGAAGGACAUAGAAACUUUGGGUAUCAAGUAUGAUGAAGUAACUUACACUUCUGAUUACUUCCCGAAACUAAUGAAAAUGGCUGAGGAGUUGAUUAUUCAAGGGAAGGCUUAUGUUGAUGAUACACCGCGUGAGCAAAUGCAAAAAGAGAGAAUGGAUGGCAUUGAGUCGAGGUGUAGGAAUAACAGCACAGAGGAGAACGUGAAAUUGUGGAAGGAAAUGAGUGCUGGAUCUGAAAGGGGAUUGCAGUGUUGCCUACGCGGUAAGUUGGGUAUGCAGCACCGAAACAAGUCGCUGCGGGAUCCGGUGUAUUACCGCUGCAAUCCAAUUCCUCACCACCGUGUUGGCUCAAGUUAUAAGAUAUAUCCGACUUAUGAUUUUGCAUGUCCGGUUGUGGAUGCGUUGGAGGGGGUAACGCAUGCAUUGCGAUCUAGUGAGUAUCAUGACCGCAAUGCUCAGUAUCAUAGGAUUCAGGAAGAUAUGGGACUUGAAAAGGUCGAAAUACACGAGUUCAGUAGAUUGAACUUGGUUUAUACCCUACUGAGCAAGCGAAAGCUUGCUUGGUUCGUUAAGAAUCGAAGGGUCGAAGGAUGGGAUGAUCCCCGCUUCCCAACGGUACAAGGAGUUGUGCGGAGAGGUCUGACCAUCGAGGCGCUGAAAGAAUUCGUUGAUGAACAAGGAGCUUCAAAGAAUCUGAAUCUCAUGGAAUGGGAUAAACUCUGGACGGUUAAUAAGAAAAAAAUCGAUCAUGUUUGUCCCAGACAUACCGCUGUGAUCGAAGGAGGAAGGGUCAUGUUAACCCUAACUGAUGGGCCAGAGAAACCAUUUGUCCGCAUCAUACCCAGGCAUAAGAUGUCCGAAGGUGCUGGACAAAAGGCUACGACAUACGCAAGGCAAAUAUGGAUUGACUCUGUCGAUGCCAAAUCCAUCUCAAUUGAUGAGGAAAUAACUUUAAUGGACUGGGGCAACGCGAUAGUGAAAGAAAUCGUGAAGGAUGAGAAUGAUUGUAUUGUGCAGUUAACUGGGGUUUUGCAUCUUGAAGGAUCUGUCAGGACCACAAAGUUGAAGCUUACUUGGUUACCUGAAACGAGUGAGCUGGUGAAUCUCUCUUUGGUGGAGUUUGACUAUCUAAUUACCAAAAAAAAGGUCGAUGAAGGCGAGGAUUUUCUUGACGUGCUCAACGAAAAUACGAAAAAGGAGAUUGCAGCGCUGGGGGAUUCGAACAUGCGGAACUUGCAGCGUGGAGAUGUACUGCAGCUGGAGAGAAAAGGCUAUUUUAGAUGUGAUGUGCCCUUCGUUAGGCCUUCUAAUCCCAUUGUUCUCUUUGCUAUUCCAGAUGGUAGGCAACGGACGGUAUUGAAGUCAUGAUG